AUGGCUUGUGUUGCUUUGACAUCUCUGAUGGCAACAAUUAAGCUAGAGUUUCUGCAAUCAAAUCCAAGGGUUCCUCUUGAUGAUGAAGGGUUUAUAUCAAUUGAAUCUUUGUAUGAAAAGCUUUCAUCUUUGCAAGCUUUUCUGCAGGAGAAACCCAAGAGUGGCGUUGCAAUCAGAGAUUUGGAAAUGAAGAUCAGAGACUUCGCACUAGAUGUGGAAGACCGCAUAGAAAUACAACUAAGCAACUUUCUUCUGGCCAAGAAAAACGGAGAAGAAGAUCAACAACAAACUUCACAGGAACUCCAUCAAACCUUGCGAGAAGCAGCGGAAAACGCAGCAGAUUUGCUGAUGAAAGUUAGCCACAGCAUAAUAAUAUGCAAUGAAGCAGAUCAGCAGGUGGUCAACGAAAGUCAACGACCACCGAUUCCUUGUUUAAAACAUGUUUCGGCUAAUUCGGAUACUCCGAUGUUUGAGGUGGGCAGAAUGGUCGGCCGUGGCCGUGAUCAUAAGCUGAUAAUGGACCAACUCGAGAGGCAUCCCUUUGAUGGACUAAAACUAAUCUCAAUUGUUGGGAUGACCGGCAUAGGAAAGACAACUUUAGCUGCAAGUGUCUACAAUGAUCCAAAAAUUGCAUCCCUUUUCCAGGUAAAGUUUUGGGUUACUAUGUCUGGGAAAUACAACAAGAGCCAAAUGCUAAUGGAGAUUCUUCGGACACUAGUCGAGGCAGAUGAUGAAAUUAAAGAGGGAAGCAUUCCUGAUGAUGUAGCAGCUAAGCAGGUAUACGACUUCUUGAGUGGUAAGAGGUAUCUAAUUGUUUUGGAUAACUUGUGGAACAAUGAAGCUUGGGAUGAUAUCAAACAAUGUUUUCCUGAAACAUGGAUAGGAAGUCGCAUAGUGCUAACCACUACGCAUUUUAGGAAGGGAAAUAAUGCUUUCAAAUACAGCUAUAUCCAUAACAUGGAUUUGCUAAAUUCAGAAGAAAGUUGGGAUUUAUUUUGUAAUAAUCCUUUUCUAGAGCAACAUAUGGCACCUAAGUUUAAAAAAAUUAGGAGCCAAAUUGUUGAGAAAUGUGAAGGGUUGCCGCACUCAGUUCUUGUAGUUGCAGAACGUCUAUCUAAGUGUGACAACAUAAAACAAGAAUGGAAGAAGGUUGAAAAGGAAAUAGAGUUGCUUGGGGUUCUAGAUAGCAAGGUACUCACCUUCACUUUCCACCAAUUGCCGCAACAUUUGAAAGUUUGCUUUCUAUAUUUUGGGGUUUUUCCAAAACGUAGUGCAAUCAAAGUGAAACUACUCAUUAGGUUAUGGAUUAGUGAGGGAUUUAUUGAGCCAUUGAAGCAUAAGGAGUUAGAAGAUCAAGCUUAUGAGUAUUUAGAAGAGCUCAUUGAUAGAAGUCUUAUUCUAAUUGACAAUUGGAGUUUGUCUGGAAAAGUUAAGAAUUGUAGGAUGCAUAGUGCCUUACAUAGCUUUUGUGAAGAUGCUGAAGUAUAUGUAUCUUUCAAGUUGCUAAGAGUUUUGGCUUUUGUUCCAUCUUCAUUUCUUCAAAGAGUGCCGGCACGCUUAGAAGAUUUAGUUUUUUUGAGAUACUUAUCUGUUACAGAAUGGUUUGAGGGCCUUGAUUAUGUAGUGUCAACAAAUCGAAACUUGCAGACACUUGUUGUUUCUAGUAAAGAAUAUGAACUUCGAGCUCCUACUCUCCAUUUGCCUUCUACAAUUUGGGACUCACCGCGAUUACAAUAUCUUGAACUUGACAAUUCAUAUGUCAUUGAUCCUCCAACCGUUGUUAAAGAUAAUAUGCAAACAUUAUCUUGGGUGUGUCUAACUCAUUGCAGAACAGGAGUAUAUUCCAAGUUUCCAAACAUUAAAAAAUUGAAGCUUUUUGCAUCUGGCAGCAAUUCUACUAUUAUUUUGGAUAAUCUUGAACGACUUGAGAGACUAACAAUAAUUUCAGUUGCAUUUGGAUGUGUUGUAACCCUUCCAAAACCAUCUUUGUUUCCUUCCCAACUAAAGAAGUUGAGGUUGGACGGUACUAACCUUUCAGAGAGGGAUUUAAUGGUAAUUGCCAGGUUGCCUCGACUUGAGAUUCUUAAGUUGGAAAAUGCCUUCCAUGGAAAAGUAUGGGAAGUAGAACGAGGAGGAUUUAAGCAACUAAAAUUCUUGCUUCUUGAAAAUAAAACGCUCACGCAAUGGAGAGUUGGUGGAUGGAGAGUUGGUGGAUAUUCAUUUCAAUGUCUUAAGCGCUUAGUCCUAAGAUUUUGUUAUUGUUUGGAAAAAAUCCCUCGAUAUACAUCUAACUGCGAAUCAAUUGAGUUGGAGCAUUGUUGUCCUUCAGUCAUUGCUUCAGCAAAAUGGUUUCUACAAUUUCAACGCUGGAGGGGAAACAAAAAUUUUGAGAUCAAAAUCAAUGGAGUUAAAUAUGAUGAAUCGGAGUGUACACACAUAGAAGAGUGUAUACCUUCAGAUGCUGAAUGACAAGGAAAGAGGAUAUCUGGGGGGAAAAAAUCUCAAGUCGAAGAAUCAAAUACAAG